CGUGAUUCUAUUCGUAAACCCUGUUCAUGACAUGCAUAUGUAUCAUCAUCAGAAGGUAGCAAAAGGGCACGAAUAGAAUCACACUUCUCCAUAGCUGUAUAAACUGAUAGAGCUCAGUUUUUACUGCAUAAACAAAGUGUUCAUCCAUAUCUUUAUUCUUUGUCUAGAUACAAGCAGAAGAUCUGGAAGAAGAAGAAGAGAGAGUCGCUUCUUUGGUCCGAAAAUGUCCGAACAUGAGAGUACUUCAUCAAAUCCAUUCCUAUAUCCUUACUCGAGCUUUACCUUUCUCCACCCUAUGCUUCUCUCUCUCGAAAAUCCUCAGCUUUUGCGCCAUCUCCCCUGUCGGCAACAUCCUAUAUGCCGAAAAGCUUCUCUUUCAAAUCCCAAAUCCCAACAUUUUCUCUUGGAAUUCCGUCAUUAGAGGCUUCUCCCAAUCUCAUAUCUCAGCAACAACUCAAUCUGUUUCCAUCUUCAAUCGUUUGAUCAGAAGAGGACACCCAAACCCCAACACUUACACACUUGUGUUUGUUUUAAAAGCCUGCUCGAUAUUACCAGCUAUACAAGAAGGCCAGCAGGUCCAUGCACGUGUCAUACGCUCUGGAUUUUCGACAAAUUCGUUUUUGCAGUCGUCGUUGAUUAAUUUCUACGCAAAAUGCGAGGAUAUCAAGUGCGCACGGAAGGUGUUCGAUGAAAUUCCUGACAGAAAUAUGAUUGCUUGGAGUACGAUGAUUGGCGGGUAUGCUAAACUUGACAUGUUUAAUGAGGCAUUGGCUGUAUUCGGGGAUAUGCAGAAAGCAGGUGUUGUUCCCGAUGAACUGACAAUGGCUAGUGUGGUAUCCGCUUGUGCUGGGUUGGGGGCACUCGAUACAGGUAGGUGGGUGCAUGCUUACAUCAAGAAACAAAGGAUCUUGAUAGAUAUAAAGCUUAAUACUGCACUUAUUAAUAUGUACGCAAAGUGUGGAUGCAUAGAAAAAGCUAGAGAAGUGUUUGAUGAAAUGCCCACAAGAGAUUCAAGAACUUGGAGCUCAAUGAUUGUCGGGUAUGCAGUUCAUGGGCAUGCAGAUGAUGCUCUUAGGGUAUUUGCUGAUAUGGAAAAAUCCCAGGUGAAACCCAAUAAUGUAGCAUUCCUUGGUGUGUUACUAGCAUGUGGCCAUGGUCAACUAGUUUAUGAGGGACAAAAACAUUGGGAUAUCUUGCUCGAAUCUGGAAUUCAACCAUCAAUGGAGCAUUAUAGCUGCAUGGUUGAUCUAUUUUGUCGUGCAAACCUAUUUCAAGAAGCUUACACCUUCAUCAAAAACAUGCCCAUUGACCCCGAUCCAGUAAUCUUACGCACUUUUCUUGUCGCAUGCAAGAAAAACAAAAACAUAGAAAAAGGAGAGUCAACAGGUCAACAGCUCCUCAAAUUGGAACCAUCAAACCCCGAAAACUAUGCCCUUCUAUCAAGCUUUUACGCAACAUGUUCAUCAUGGUCUAAAAUGGGAAAUGUAAGGAAACAAAUGAGAGAUAAAGGGUUAAAAACUACACCAGGGUGUAGCUCCAUUGAAGUUGAGGGAACCCUACAUGAGUUUGUGUUAGGGGAUUGGUCUCACCCUGAGAGAGAGGAGAUAAUGGAAGUGUUGAGUGAUGUUUUGAAACGAGUUAAAGCUUUUGGGCAUAAAGUGGAUGUUUCAGAGGUGUGUCAUGAUGUGGGUGAUGAAGUUAAAGUGGAAGCUCUUUGUGAGCAUAGUGAAAGAUUGGCUAUUGCUUAUGGGAUUUUGAAGACUAAAGCUCCUGUGGUGAUUAGGGUAGUGAAGAAUCUUAGGGUUUGUGGGGAUUGUCAUGAAGUGACGAAGAUUAUUAGUAAGAUAUAUGAGCGAGAGAUUGUUGUUAGGGAUAGAGUUCGGUUUCAUAGAUUUGUUGGUGGAACUUGUUCUUGUAAGGACAUUUGGUGAACUUAUAGAAGGUGUUCAUGGAAAUGCCAUAAAUGGUGGCAAUUAACCGAUUACAAUAUACAUGAAAACAAAACCAUGUUAGAAAAAUAAUAAUAAAG